CGUAUAGUCACCACGCCAAUGCAAUUUCUAAGAAGUUUGUUUUCUUCUGACCAGCAAAAAUAUAUGUAUAAAAUUUGGAGUCAAUAUUCAAAGCUGAGACCGAAUGUAUAAAUCAAUUUAAAUCAAGGAUCUAUAAAUAACUAUAGGAAAUACAACAGAUUAUCUAAAAUACCACUUUCAGUAAGUUCUUCUCUCUUUUCAACACAAAAUGUCUGAACAUGAAGGAAAAGAUGUGAAGAAAGUCAGUGAAGGGCAAUGGACCACCGGUUUAUACGAUUGCUUCUCCGAAGAUAUCCCUACAUGUUGUUUUACAUGGUUUUGUCCUUGCGUUGCAUUUGGGAGGAUCGCUGAGAUUCUUGACAAAGGCGAAACAGGCCAAGGAUUAGCUGGAUUAAUGGUGGUGGCAAUGUCUCACAUUGGAUGUGGAUGGUACUAUGCUUCAACAUACAGAGCCAAAUUGAGGCGCCAAUACUCCUUGCCCGAGGAGCCUUGCUCCGAUGGCGCCAUCCAUUUCUUCUGCUGUUCAUGUGCUCUUUCUCAAGAACACCGCGAACUCAAAUAUCGAGGUCUUGAUCCCUCUCUAGGGUGGGAAGGAAACAUUGAGAAACGAACAUCGGACACUACUACGCCACCGUUCGUAACGUCAAGCAUGGACCGCUGAAGAAACGAACGUCACAAAUUAAUGCAAGUAAUGAAACUAGCAUCGAUAAAUAAAUAAAUAAUGGUUAUAUAUAAUUCGAUGUUGCAAAUAUAAUAUUUUUUUAAUGAUAAUUUUGUGUUAUAUCGUCUAUGUGAAUAUCCUGUAAUAAAAGAAGAUUUGCAAUCCUGUUUGCCUGUUUGGCUGUUUCAAAGUAUAUGUUGGCAUCCCGACGCGGGUAAGAUGGUGCUUUGAUACUUGGUUUUUUUAAAAAGAAUUUAUAUUUCAUGAUGAAAAUUUUUAUUCCCUCAGUUACAAAAAAAAAAAAAAAAAAAAAAAAAAAUUAUUCCCUCCGUUUAUUAAUAAGUGUCACUUUGACAUUUUUCACACAGAUUAAAAAAGUGAAUGAAAUGUAUUUAAAUUGUUAUUAAUUACACAUAUUUGAUCAAUAGUAUUUGAAAUAAAUAAAAUUAUUUAUAAAAUCAAUACAGUUUGUAAUUAAUUUUCAUAUGAAAAUAAAUAUAAUUUGCAUUGAAAUUCUAAAGUGACAUUUGUAACAAGAAAAAAAUGUUAGAAUGACAUGACAGUUAUUAUAAAACAGAGGAAGUAACUAAUUAAGUUGAUUGAAAGUGAUAGAGAUAAUUGGCCACUAAUUUGGAAAAGAGAUGAUAAAUGUUUUCACACCAAAAAACCGCUGGCAUAGUUGAUUAAGUUAGCUAUUAUAUCUAAGAAAAUUUGCAUAAUUUUUUUUUUUUUUUUACAAAAGCUCUUCUAUUACUCAAACUAGGGGCAGACCACCCUCAACGCAAGCGCGAGGAUGUGUAUGUUGUUGCAUUGUCUCUAACUCUGCAAGAGAAACCGAUGUUUGUGAAGGAAGUUGUUUUACUGAGAUUUGAAGAAAAUGAAGUUUUAUGGGGUGUUUUGAACUGCGAGUUUUAUUGUGUUGUUGUUGGAAGUUUGGUGUUGGAAAGAGCGACUGAAAUGGAUUGUUUUUUUGGUGGUAUUUAUUUGGGAUAAAUUUGCAUGCUCCCAAGUCCCAACGAUGACACGGUUAGUUUAAAGUUUUGCUGGACCGUGAUAGGUCUGAAAAGUGUAAUAUCUGAUGUUAUAUUGUAGAGUAUUAUAUUGUAA